GGGGAGGUGCGGAAAAACGAUUCUACGAUUUCUUUUUCACCAAUUCUUCAACAACAUUCAAACGAACGAACAAGUAACCAGACCUUAUUAGCUGAAAUCAGCGAUACCGGACAACAGGCAGGACAACCUUUAGACAUCACUGAGAGACAUUAUUGAAUCCAACGAAUCCCGAAAAUGGCCCACACACACCUGGGACGCGCCGUGAAAAACAUCGAGGCGCCGCGCCCACUGAAGACACAGUCGCGAUCGUCGCUGAAGAACAGCUACCUGGUGAUUGAGGAGCUCAUCCAGCUGAUAGACAGCGUCACCGUGGGCCUGCAGUCGUGCAACACCACGCCGGACUCGAUCACGCUGCUGCUGCACAACCUUCGGGUGCACGGACCGCAGCUGGAGGCGGUGUCCAAGGACACGCUGGACCGGGCCUUUGUCGUUUUCCGCAACGCUUCGCAGGACGAACGGCUGAACAUAACGACGCGCCUCAAGCUCCUCGAGCUGAUCGAGCUGCGCGCCAAGAGCUGGGACAAUGACGACACAAUCGCGUACUACAAGUCCAAGCAGCAUAUCUCCAACGUGGAGCUGCCCCCGCUGGAAUAUCAGUACGAUGCCGGCGUGCAGCCUUUCAGCACCUCCCCCACAUUCGGCGUCAGCGGCGGUGUUGGCGGAGUCAACGUUGGAGCCGCAGCCGCCGCUGCCGCCGUCUUCAAUGCGGCAUCUGCAGCCGCCGCCGCCCAAGCUGCGGCCAUUGCGGCCGUGGGCUCACCCAACCAGCAGCACAUGCUGCUGCCGCCCGGUGAGGUCAUCCGCAAUUCCGGAAAGUUCCCAAAACCGACCAAGAUCCCCGGUAAGACGUACUGCAAGGACGAGGUCGUGAUCCGCAACGCUGACUCUGGAAAAGUCAUGGGCAUCAAAGGGCGACGCGUGCACAUGAUCGAGGAACUUAGCGAAACCAUAAUAUCGUUUCAAAGAGUCAACCCGGGCGCCAAGGAGCGUUUAGUACAGAUUACUGGUCCAGCUGAGGAUAAAAUUAACUACGCCAAACAACUGAUGGAGGACACCAUCCGCCGGAACGCCUCACCGGUGCGCCUGGAGCCCGCCCCCGCUGCCGGAGGAUCCUGCUCCUCCCUGAACUCGUCCAACUCGGAUGACGCCAUCGUCCAGCCGCGCACUCCUAGCGGCAGCAGUUUGGCCAACCGGCUGAGCUUCAACUCGGCGCAGAACUUCAUGACCGCCACCGCUGCCGCGCAGCAGAUCUCGCAGCAGGUGCACCACCACACGCAGCAGCAGCAGCAGCAGGUGCUUCACCAGACGCACCACCACCAGGCGCAGCAGCAGCAAGUCGCCGCAGCAGCAGCAGCAGCGGCACAUGCUCAGGCGACAGCCGCUGCCGGUAAAGUCUUGCGUCCCAAUCAGCAGCUGCUAAUGCACUCAUAUUCCACAAACGAUGCUUCCGUAGGUGAAUACAAGUUCACGGUCAACGUGGGCCAGCACCUGAUCAAGAUCACCGGCGAUUGCUGCGAACUAGUGCGCGUGGCCAAACUUGUGCUCGAUGACUACUUUAGCAGCUCGGAGUUUCUGGCCUCCAUUGAGGCUGGCGCCGCCUUUGACGGCACUUCUCUGGUAAGCCCAGUGACCACGCCGUCGACUCCGCUUCCCGGCGCCGGACCGCCACAAUUUUUACUGCCUGGAACGGACAGUGGCAUUGGACUGAACUACGCCGCCGGUUCGGCAGCAAACAAUAACGGCGAGGGCGACGACGAGGUGUUUUCAGAGCCCAACAAUGCAGGAUCGGCGGCUAACAAUCAAAAUGGACUGGCCAGGUCGCGUCGCAGCCACUUUUCUCGCAAGGAGUCCACACCGGAGACCAAGGGUGUUCGUGAGAAGUUUGACGUGGACGAGCUGGCUGGCCUUAAUCCUUCAAAAAGCAAUGCAUCACGCGUAUCUUACGAUAUUGAGCACUUGAUCUACUACUCUAUGAGUCCGCACGCCUGGGCCCUGCCCCUCGACUGGCAAAAGAUGCAGGAGACAUCGCCCUCGAUUCUGCGCAACAAGUAAAAACCAAUCCGACUGCGCCCAAAGCCAUAAAUGAAAUAACCUCCACCCCGACCACCAACAUCAUGAGCACCACCGUUGGAAGCGCUGCUGUCGAGGCAGCUGCAGACAAUCUCAUAACCGCCACUAACAAGCAAUCAAAAGGGAUCGUCGUCGAGCGCGAGACCCGUCGCCUUCCCAAACCAUCGGCCAUGUCCGAUCGGAAUCUGUACAACAAGCAAUUGCAAAUCAUAUCCAAUACCGUGGGUGCAUCGGUUGCCCACCACGGAAAGAAUCGUCCGGGUCAGCAAACAUCCCAAGUGAAGGCGAUUUUCCAACGCUACAUCGAGGACGAUGAAUUUUCCCUGGCCUUAAGCGAAUCCGAAUCGAAUAAUAACCAAGCUUUUUUCUAAUUUUAUUUCUUGACAACUUUAUUUACGUAGCCGGAAUACGUAUCGAAUAUUAUUGAAUCUCGGCCACAGAUUGGCUAUUCCUUUCGAAUCAUCUCAAAACAGUAUUAUGGUUUUAUUAUUUUCUAUUCCAAACCACAUAACUUGUCAAGUGUAUUAAACGUGUAGCAUGAGAAAUCAGAUAGACAAUGAAUCGAAGCAAAAUCAUUGUCAUUAUCAUACAGUCAUAAAGCAAAGGACAUACCAACGAAACCAAACCAAUUACCAAGUGAAACUAUUCGCUAGUCUUAGACGUAACAAUACAUCUAAUGCAUUGAAAUUAAAAUGUAUCUAUAGGGAGAAUCUGUGUUUUGGCUGUGAAACAGAUUAAGUCUUCUCUAGAGUUAAACUUUAAACGCGGUUCGAACCGCUUAACCACUAACAAACAAACAUUACAUUCUCGAACUCACACCCACAUUUACAAAGCUGUAAUUAAUGUUUUAAUAAGACUUAUAACAACUGUAACAAAUCUAGUUUUAAGCGUUUUAUCCCCGAACACAUAUUCAGUACGAUUUAUAAAAAAAAUUCGAAUAAACAUUAGGGCUUUCAAAGUCCGAAACAAA